AUGAGCUCACCUUUGGCCUCCCUUGGCAAGACCCGGAGAGUGCCCCUGCAGUCGGAGCCUGUGAAUUCAGGGAGGCGAGGGAUAAAACUCUACGGAGAUGAAAAUGAGGUGGAGGUGCUGAAUGACGGACAUGGCUCAGAAGAAAGGAUCUCUGUCCCUUCCUGCUAUGGCGGCAUAGGUGCCCCUGUGAGUAGACAAGCACCUGUAUUCCACGACUCGGAGUUGAUGGCCACUAUGACAAGGAAGGUGCAGAAUCUGGAGCGGCAGGUGAAGGCCCAGACUGACGAGAUACUGUGCAAGGACCGGAAGAUCCAAGCCCUGGAGGAAUUGGUGGAGACCCUCCAGGAGCAUGAGGGCCAGAUGUCCCUGCAGCGGCAGGAGGAGCUGGAGACGAUGUGCAUGCAGCUUCAGCGACAGGUCGGGGAGAUGGAGCGAUUCCUUGGUGACUAUGGCCUGCGCUGGGUGGGUGAGCCCAUGGACCAGGAGGACUUGGAGGAGAGUGCAGACUCAGAGGAGGACAAGAUGGACUGGAUGAAGGCCAAGAAGUUCUGGAAGCCAGGGGAUUCACUGGUGCCCCCUGAAGUGGACUUUGACAGGCUGCUGGCCAGCCUGAAGGACCUCAGUGAGCUGAUGGUAGACGGUGAGACCCAAGUGAUGCCAAUGCCCGGCGGAGCACAGCUCCAUGUCCUUGAGCCCAUCCCCCUGAAGCUUUACCGGAAUGGCAUCAUGAUGUUUGAUGGGCCCUUCCGGCCGUUCCAUGAUCCCUCCACACAGCGCUGCCUCCGAGACAUACUGGAUGGCUUCUUCCCCUCAGAGCUCCAGCGCCUGUACCCUGACGGGGUCCCCUUUAAGGUGAGUGACCUACGCAACCAGGUCUACCCAGAGAAUGGGCUGGACCCAUUCCCAGGCGAGGGCCGCGUGGUGGGCCGGCAGAGGAUUGGAAAGCCCUCAGCCACAGUGGAGCACCCAGGCUCUGAGAUGACUGCAGAGCAGUUUCUGAACAAGCUCCCCAAGUUUGUGAUCCGUAAAGGCGAGGUGAUUGACAUUCGGGGCUCCAUCCGGGACACACUGCAGAACUGCUGCCCGUGGCCUGUCCCAGUCCAGGAGAUUGUGGUGGAGACACCUGCCCUGGCUGCAGAGCGUAACAGGAGCCAGGAGUCGCCAGAGUCACCUGCUCCCCGGCUCUCCAUGCUGCGCAUCAAGUCUGAGGAUGGCGAACAGGCCUUUCUGCUGCUGAUGCGGCCUGAGGACACUGUUGGUGAUGUGCGUGCUCUGCUUGCACAAGCCAGGGCGGUGGACACAAACACCUUCGAGAUCUUCAGUACAUUCCCACCCAAAGUCUACCACGAGGAUGCGCUCACGCUGCAGGACGAAGGACUGGUGCCCAAUGCAGUUCUGCUACUGAGAGCAUGCCGGGCUCCGCUGCCUGCGUCCUGA